AAUGUCAAUGCACGUUUUCCUGGAAGUACUCAUGACUCUCACAUCUGGCGCGAAUCUAACAUUUCGCAUAUUAUGGAGAAUUUGUAUAGACAGGACGAAGAAAAUCAGUUUAUUUUAUUGGGAGAUUCCGGUUAUGCAUUACGCCCCUGGUUAAUGACUCCAUUGGAAGAUCCGCCCAUUCCAGAUACACCGGCGGACCGUUUUCAUCGUGCGGUUAUGACUGCUAGGUGUUCAAUUGAGAGGUGCAAUGGGGUUCUCAAGAAUAGGUGGCGGUGUUUAUUAAAACACCGAACUCUUCAUUACACACCUACUGUAGCAGCAAAUAUUAUAAAUACAUGUGUAGUCUUACACAACAUGUGUUUACAUUAUAACAUCCCAGAACCAGAAAACGACGAAGAACUGCUUGUUGCUGAUUUUGGGAUGUAUAUGCCUCUAGGGCAGUUACAGGAAAACGAAGGCGGUUAUGCUGGCAGGGUAAAUCCAGAUCUGCAUGCUGCAAGAAUAUUGCAAAGAAGAAUAAUUCAAACCCACUUUCAAUAA